AGAACCCAGUUAUGUCUCUGGUUCCUUUUAGGACUUCACGUGCGCUCAGACGGAAUGUCUGGCGCUCCGGUGUCACAGGAGUCUGUCUCGCCGGACGCAGAGCUUUGUGCACAGCACCAUCUCUGCCUGAACGAAGCGGAGAUCCUGGGUGGCUCCAUCUCCGCUGAUUGCUUUGUGUCAGGCACUAAACGUAAGCUUAGAACCGCCGCUGCAGACAUGAAGACUGAGAGGGGAUGCGCCCAAACGUUGUCAACGAGCGGACGGGUGAUAGAUCUGCUCCAAAAAGACGGGCAACACAUCUUGGAGACGAAGGACGAAACCAGGUACGUUGAUUUGGAGUCAGAGGACCAGAGAGACUGUCGCUUUGGUCAGAGAAACCGAGUGUCUGUCAUUGUUAAAAACGGUGUAUUCGAACCUGUUUGCGCCUCGGAACCAAACUUUGAUCUGAGCGAGAUGAAUGCGGAGGAAGGAGACAAUACCAGAGGCGAGAAAUGUGUGGAAGACGUGAGAAAUGUUCCCUCUCCAUCUUCCUUACCUUGCCUGAAAAACAAUGACGCUUGCCCUCAAAUAGGAGUGAAAAGUGGAGAGAGUGCAGUGACGCACACCAAGGUGUCCAAAGGACAGGGCAGUGGGAACGCAGAGCACGACGAGGAAUCCCACAGCACCCACAGCUAUCUGAGUGGGAGAAGUGAGUGGGAGGACUGUGAGGAGGUGGAUAAUGUCAGUCUGGUGUUUUCUGAUGAAUCUGUUCCGUGUGUAACCGAGGACCAUUACAUUACCACGCACGGGAUUCAGCUAUCGGAGCUCUCUGACCAUGAAGGGGACUACGACCUGGGCGUGGGCUCCUCCACCAGCUGGGACAUUGAAGAUGACAGUCAGGUGUACUCGUUUGUGGAUUACUCCUUCGAGGGCGGCGGAGCUGCGGGGGAGAGGGGGGCCGGUCGUCCGCCCCGCUCCCAGGAUGCCGCAGCGGCUGCAGCAACGGUCAGCACUCUGCUUGAAAGUGAUCUGUGCGACGCGGCCAAGUUCUGCGGGUCAGACGAGCCCGAACAGAAGCAGCACGGUGGCAGCAGCGGGGGACAGAUCCACCUGUCAAUCAGAACCACAUCCCGAGCUAUAAAUGACCCCAGCAGCAUCCAAGACGAGGAAAAUAUCCUUUAUCAUGCCAGGCGCGCCGGAGACAUGAGCCGCUAUGUGUUCAGGGGAGUGGAUGGGAAGGCAGAGACCUUGUGUGACAGGGCGAAGUGUUUCAUAGCCGCUCCCGGACGCAUGCACUUUGGCGGCAGAUUGAGGGGAAAAGAGGUCCCAGAGUAUUCCAGCGGCACGUCCAGCGCCGUCAGCGAGCUGGACGACGCUGACAAGGAGGUGCGCAACCUCACAGCCAGAGCCUUCAAGAGCCUGGCCUACCCUUACUUUGAUGCUAUCAAUUUCAGCACCUCCAGUGAGUCGUCUGCAUCAGAGCAUGGCCUAGGGAUAAACAAGUGGUCCACGUUUCUGGAUCUGAAAUAUGGCAACGUGAACAUGUCUCAGGGACUGGAUCCAAGUGUGGUUUCCUGUCAAAACUCAGCGGCCUCAUAUGAAACAGCCAAAAACAGGGACAACAGAGGUUAUAAGGGCAUCAAACCGCCCACCAGCAAGAUGUUUACUUUGAAUGCCAACCCCCACAGCGCCUCGUCAUCCAAGCAGAUCCAGCUGAUGGGGAAGUUUGGGCAGGGCCACAGUGGAGUGAUCAGACUCACAGAGACUCUGAAUUUUCGCUGCAAUGUAAAAUCAGGAAUGUCUGGGGGAGAAAGGCGCACUAACGGUGUGCAAAAUGUUGCAGGAUCACGUUCCACGGAUGAGGUUACCAAGAACCUACAGAGCAGCCAGCAGAGAGUGGCCAGCAAGCAGCCCUCUAAAAUCAUGGAAGAUACGCAUAAGAAAGCCAUCUUCGCCUCCAGUUUGAUCAAAAAUGUUCUUUCUAAGAAGAUGCAGUUCGAGCAGGAGCGCAGGAUGGAGCGAGGGGAGAUCAGUGAGCCACACCAGGCGCCCUCUCCGUGCUUUGUGCAGCAGGAAAGAGACAGUAAGGGGAGCAGGGAGCUGGACAGACAGAACUCCAAGUUAUCUGAGAGCGGAUCCGACUAUGCUAUAAUGUGCGUGGAUGAAUUAGGGGGCAUUGUGGACAGCGGCUCAUGUAAUAGUAAGAGGCAAGACGAGUCUGCUCCCGCAACACAAACUAAUUUAAACUCUGCCAAUGAAGCUGAGAUUGAUACUAAAAAAGGCGCACUGCUUCGCAGCCAAAAUAGCGCAUUCAGAUGCUGGAAGGACGAGGAGCUAGGGUUUCAAAAGGAUCAUAAAAAACAUCAAACUCUGGAGGACAAGCUCCCUCCAGUUAACGACAAAGAAAGUGAGGCGGGUCCGUCCUCUGCAGGCUGCGGUAAACUAACUAAAAUGUCUCAUUUGUUUGUGCCAAGUAUCCAGCUACUGCCCAGCGACGGAGAGGUGGGCCCGCAGCUUCACAGGGGAGCUUAUUCCCGAAACGGAAGCAACACUUUAUACGUCACAGACUCCAGGAACUCUACAACAUCCAAAUCCCCGGAAAUUAAAAUCAACCUGAGAAGCGUCAGAGACAAAAAGACGGAACAGUCUGGGGUCUCCAAGCUGCGCGCCCCGAAUAUCACCUCUGGCGCACCGGGCCUGAUCAGAACAGAGGACUUUAAAUGCCAAGCCUUGGCUGCGGCUCUGAAGGGUGAGUCCUCAGAUAAAGUUCCACAUUUCAUGGUUAGAGACAUAAGAGAUAAUAAAGGGAAGUUACAAACUCCCAUUCACCAAGUCAGAGAUGUGCGUAAACUGGUUAAAAGCUGUUAUCACUUUGUUUCUUUGGAUAACAACGAAAACAAAUCCAGCUCUAAUAGCUCUGAAAGUCACUCCGAGCAAAAUAAGCAACUGCACAAUAGGAAUCCUGACUCUAUAUCCCCUAUAGUGAUAAAAUGUCAGUCUGUAAAUACUAACAAUGCCGAAAAACCUACAGGAAGCCUUGAGUUAAUUAAACAGGAGCAGUCUGACACACGCAGAUCGUCUCCAGAGGGCGCUAAGAGUGCUCCACCCCAGAAGGCAUCAGGGAGAGCACCAAAUACUUCCAAAAACUCAGAGGGAAGCAAUGGGAUGAGCAGUGAGAGCAAAAUAGGCAUAACAAAGCAAGAAACAGUUUUAGAGAUGGCAGAAAAUAAACCAGAGUCAAAGGUGGCAAAUCAGGUGGCUUUGGAGAAACUCCAGGCGGCUGUGAAAACCAUGGAGCAACUUUAUGUGUUCGAAAAAAAUGAGUGGAAAAGAAAGAAUCAGCCUCAGCUUCUGACAGACAGCCAUGUGCUGUCACUGAUAGCCAGCGCAGAGCAGCAUGAGUCUGAGGAAAGAGGAGGGAGAGCGUUCAACAUAGACAAGGUAGUCACCAGAGACCUCACCCUCAAUAUAGACAAGACACCCCCAGCAUUAUCAGCACCCCCCAGCACUGACAGCUCCCUAAGGUGGGUGGACAAAGAUCUGCUUAAAGUGUUUCAGACAUCCAACAGUCAUGAUGAGAGGUUGGUUACUAAAUCAGUACAAACAUUUGGCACCACAGGGAACGAGAACAUGUCCAGCUUUAGCUCCAAACCCAAGGCCUACACUGCUAAUGUUUGUCAACCAAACACCAUCAUGCACACACCUUUCAGUGGCAACACCUUUGCACCAAAGUCCCCUAAACUGCCUUUGCCAUUAAAAACCAGUCGGACAGGAAUUAGUGGGAAGGAAGAUGGUGAAUCAAGGGGUGUGAUGCGAUUUGAACAUCAAACUUCAGGUACAUCCGUUGACAAUGAAAACUACUUAACCAUCCCACUUAAAUCUCAGCCCAGCAACAGCAAACCUGCUGUAUCUGCAGAUAAAACAUCAGUAAAGACAUUUCACCAUCAAACACUGCCAAGCCCUCCUGCAGGACAUGAAGAAUAUUUCUCUAGACGUCAGGAGGACCACAGUCAGAGGACAAAACGUUCCAGCAUUGUAAUGGAGACCCAUUCACCAGAGAUUCCUUCUGCUGCUAUUUAUCAGUCCCUGCCAUUGGCUGUGUCUGCCAAUCAGCCACAGGUGUAUUGUUUUUCCCCAGCAAUAACUCCAGCUCCCACCCUGGACCCUUUUCAGGCCACACAGAGGAAAAUGCUGCUGGAUCCCACCACUGGAAACUACUACUUGGUGGACACACCAGUGUCCCCAGCCACAAAGCGCCUUUUUGACCCAGAAACAGGCCAGUACGUGGAUGUACCAAUGCCGCAGCAUCCGAUGACACCGGUACCAAUGCCUAUCUCACCGCUGGCGCUCAGUCCUGGGGCAUAUGGUCAAGCCUACAUGAUCUACCCAGGCUUCAUGUCAGCAUCUUCAGUGAUACCUGCCCGAACGCUGGUACAGUCACAGAUGUCAGUGCCAUUGGAGACAGAGAGCGUGGAGAAGGCUUCGUCACAGCUGGCUGAGGGAAUGUACAUGGAGAGUCCCUUCUAUAUGGCAACUGGGAUGUCUCCUCAGGCAGUUUCAGGGGCUCAGCAGCAGGGCGCAUCCAACAGGCCACACCAUGGAUUCUCCAGCAUCAAUCAGCCAGUCAUCAGCAUCACCUCCCAGCAAGGGCCACGGAUCAUCGCCCCACCCUCGUUCGACGGGACCACCAUGAGUUUUGUGGUAGAGCAUAGAUGAACUGCAGCUCAGGUGGACAGGACUGGGGCUUCUGAGGUUAUUGGCCUGCUCUGGGAUGGUCCUCUUCAUUGUUUUACACUGAUGUUAAAUAUGAUGAAUGAUAUGCUGUAUAUGUUGUUCAGGUAUUUGUAUGUUAACUGCUGCUUCACAUUUUUGACUUUCUACAGGCCUGUAUUUCAUGCUUUUAUUACAUCACUGUUAAACAAAGAAUGAAUGAAUUGCCGUUGAAGUGACUCAUUAUUCACUCUUAAAGCUAAAUAGGGUUUGAUUUAGAAAAUUCUUUAUUUAAUAUGUCAAACUCUUAUUUUAAAAUUGGAAGAAAUCAGUUUUAUUAAAACCAUUUUAGACAACAUCUUCGAACAGUUAUUAAUGUAAGUACCUCUUACCUGUAUGUUUCUAUUUUGCUGAAUUUACUGAAACGUUUUUACGACUUGAAUUGUCAUGAUGAUUUCUUAUGUGUUCGUGCUUUAUGAUGCACACAGGUCGGUGCUGACUCAAAGCACUUAAUGUGCAUAAUUUACUUUAAUGCACAUUUUUCAAACAUUAAUUUUGAAAUAGAAGUAAUGUCACAUGUUGCCUUUUAUUUGUACCCAGUUUCUUUGAGAAUGUGGACCUGCUGGACAGUCGUUGCUACUCUGAUUUUUAAGAUGUUUGGCAUCAUCAUUAUUCCAGAGUACUAUUUUAUUAUGAUUUAUAGAAAUAAUGUUUUGAUUUUCUUUUUUAAAUUUUGAUCUGAAAUGCUUUAGACUACUCAAAAUGAGUUAGGUCUUGACCUAUAUAUAUUAUGUACACAGUAUAUAGUUUUUGCUUUUUUAGGUAAAACUAAAAUAAUCCACUUUUUGAUGGAGUCAUCCUCUCAACCUUACUAGUCUACUUAUGGUUUUGGUCAUAAUAUCCCACUUCUUUGGAGGUUAGUACAUCAUUUACCAGUCACCAGUUUCUCUAGAUAUGAGUCAUUCUUUCCAUUUGUUUUCUUUGUGUGAUUUGGGGGAAAUGUACUCUGUGUAUACUUUGUACAUACUGUGGUUUUUCCAAAGCAGGCCUGAUAUUGGCACACUUUGCUGUUUUAAAGUUUUAAAGUCUUACACUGAGAUGUUGGCAUAGACGUUCUGAAAAGGCAGCAGGACUUUGGAGGUAAUUGGAAGUAGGGGUUGCAAGAUGAGAAGAUGAAUGUUUGGGAAUUUGUGAAGAACGUAAGAGUGAAGAAUGGAGGGGCUUUCUAUAGGUAGGGCAAAAAUCUGAAUAUGACCUGUAUGACAUAUUUUUCACUUUGUUUAACUGAGUUUAUUUGGUUUUUCUGUGUAACAUAUUGACUAUUAAAGUUAGGUCUUGACCUUGUUGAUGUAAAAUUGGUAAAUGCUGUGAUUUAUAAAUAAAAUAGUACGUUGGAAUUUUAAAUGUUUAUUGCAAAAUAAAAAUGUCAAGGGGUUUCUGCUCUGAUAUUGUGGUUUAUUAUGACAAAAAAAUAAACGUUAAAUUAACUGGCUGACUAA